AUGGAAGAAAAGUGGUCUUCCACAGAAGCUCAUAGUGGUGGUGAUAGCCUUCAGAGUGAACAAAAAAAGAGGAAGAGUGUUUCUGCUUCUAGCUCUUCGAGAUGCAUCCGUGACUCUCUUGAGAACCUAUUGUCUACUUCUUCAGUCUCUCUGGAUUUGAGCAGAAAGGAACUGCAGCAUCUAACUGAAGAUAUAUACAAGCUAUUAAACCUUCAGAAUCUGCAUCUGGAAGGGAAUGCCCUGUCUGUGAUUCCAGAGGACUUUUUUCAGCACCUGCCAAAUCUUGUUUGGCUGGAUCUGCGGUAUAACAGAAUUAAAGAGAUUCCCCCAGGAGUUGGAUGCCACAAGCAAUUGAAAACUCUGCUGCUAGAAAGAAAUCCUAUUAAAAGACUUCCUGUAGAGUUGGGCAACUUAAAUUCACUGACAGCCUUGAAUCUCAGACAUUGUCCUCUGGAGUUUCCACCUCCUGAAGUGGUACAGAAGGGCCUACAGGUUAUUUUAUGCUUCCUUCAAAAGUACAGAAAUCAGCAUCUUGAUGACUCAGAUCCUGUUACAGCAGAAUUGCCUUCUCUGCUAGAACAAGAAGCAAAGGCCAUUGUUAAAGAAUACAAGAGAAAAUGCGACAGACCGCCAGAUCGUAGGAAAGCUUUCAACGAUUUGUGGAGACAGAUGAGCUUCAUUAAAAUGCCUCCCAUUGAAAAGUUAAACUUGACGGACAUUGUGAAAUCAAGUAUGGAUUUGUCAGACGGAUGGCCUAACGAGGAGGAAAUGAUACGAUUUCAGAAGCUGAGGGAAGAAAUGAUACAAGAUGAAAGAGAAGAGUAUCUGCUUGACCAAAAGUUGCACAAUGAAUCCAUGAUUUCCAUGUUCUCGAGGAAAUCCAGGGCAAAACCGAGCCUCUCUUGCAAAUGGUCUGUUAGCUCAUCCAGGGGCAAGAAGAACCUGUUUCCUGCAGUUUCAUCCUACGAUCUUCUUAUUCAGGCUAAGAGGGCUGAAGACUGUCGAUUGGCAGCGCUCAAGGAAAUGAAGGAGAAACAAGCUUUAAUUGAACAGCGGAGAAAAGAUAAAGAAGUGCUUCAGAAAUGGAGGAGGCAGGCCAAGUUGAUGAAAGAGAAGAAGGCAGUCCUGUAUUCAUUUUCAUCAGAAAAAAGAGACAUGGGGGUUUCACAGAAUGCGCCUUAUGCUACGGACGAUGAUAGCAAUUACCAUGGCAAUCGAGAAGGCUGGGGACUACCGAACAAAGACCCAACAGAGAUGACGCGGAAUUUGAGCACAGAGAAUCCCACUGAGGAGGCAAAAGCUGCCAAGUACAGGGAAGUGGAAAACCGUAUCAGGCAGCACACACAGAUAAUGAAAGAAAGAAGGAAAAGGUUAACAGGGAUACCCCAUGAGGAUAUGGAAAGAGCAAAUGAAGACUUUCAAAAGGCUGAGGAACUAGAAGCAGAGCUAGCUGACAUGAAAAAGGACCGCCACCCAGAAUAUCGAUUCACUGCCUUUACCGGAGAAUUGCCAGCAGCACCAGAUAAUCCAUUAUCGGUCACAAAACCCCAAAAUAUCUUUUCUAACAUGACAUUUUAAUUAGAUAAAAGAGUAUUGCUCAUGCA